AUGAAAACCGUCGACGACACCGCCCGCGACCUCGGCUGCGUGGACCCCCACGAAGUAGACUUCCUCGAGCGCCAACAACAGGAGCGGGAACGCGAGCUGCAACUGUCACUGCCCGCCCAGCAGCAAGAGCAGCAGCAGUCACUGCCGCCGCAGCAUACCUCCUCCGAUCCCGCCUCCAUCCCCUCGACCUCGACCACGUCCACAUCCUCAGGAAUCCUCCCGCCCCCCGAGAAACUCAGCGAGGUGGCCAGUACCUCGAUCCAGGAGGUGCGGACGAUGCUGAAUGCAGCGUACGAGAGCGAGUUCGUUAGUCAAGCGAUGCAGCGGGUGCGGGAGUAUGUGCCAGGCUUAGUGGGCGACAGGGCGGAGGGGAAUGGUGAGGAGGACCGAUCCGCCGCCGACCCCGAGGAGAUGCGUCGGAUCGACGCGCUGGAGAAGGAACGGAUAGUGGAAUUCUUGCAGGAGAGGACGCGGACGAAGACGGAUCUGGAGAAGAAGUACCAUCACCAGACGGAGCGGCCGCCGCCGAGGCAGUGA